AUGCCCCUGUCCCGCAGAGGAAGGGGACCACCCCGCAGGGCCGGCUUCCGAGUGGUAAACACUGGCCUCCCACAGGCGCCGGCCCACCCGCCGAGGCGUGCAGUCCGCGGGGCCCCGCCAUCCAGCCAUGCGCAACACCUCACCCGGCAGCGCCAUUCUUCCGAGCAGGUCCCAAAAGAGCCCGAAACGCAGGCUGACUUCCGCUCGGAAAAGUGGCUCCAGGAGCACGCCGGAGGGGACGCCGGAGACUCGUGGCAGGCUCCGCGAGCUGAGAUGGACUCUAGGCACAGGAUCUGUAGUUGGAAAGAAGUAGUGAUUCCUUAUGCUUCUGACAGUGAUUCAGGAAGCGUGGAUUUGCAGCUGAGCAACUUAGAGGAUAUUCAAAAGAGUCCAAGUAGCCUUGAACAUACAGAUACAUCUCUGUCAUCUCUUGACCUCCCUCUGGAAUCCCUCACAGAUAGAGUCAGACACCUGACCCAUGAGGACCCCUUCAGCGAAGACCCCUUCAGCGAGGACCCCUUCAGCGAGGCCACCAUUGAGAAGUUGAUUGAAUCCAUCCAGGAGUUUUUUAAUGGUGAGCUAAAGACUGAAAACGAGAAGCUGACGUUCCUGAGAUCUUUGUCUUCUCUCAGCCGAACUUUACCUGAUGAAACCACAGAAUCGUUCAUUCACAGCCACAUCGCAGACAUUGUGCAUAUCCUAUAUAUUCUGGUGGAAGAGGAGCCCCUGCACUCUCUCUUCAGCCCUGUGCGCCAGGUCAUCUUUGUCACCAUCACUGACCUCAGUUACCAAGAUAUCCAUUUGUUGUUUGGCUCUGAAGAUCGAGUUGACUUGUUCAGCCUUAUCACCAAAAGUAUAAUCACUCUGCCCUCUGAAAAGACUCUUACCCAACUGCAGGAAAUCAUGCCAAGUGGGUCCAGCAACUCAGAGUGUCUCUACAGGCAGACAUUUCAGGUGUUCUCUGAGAUGCUCCAGAGUUUGGUGGUAAAAGACCCACAUUUGGAAAAUUUUGACAUUAUUUUUAAGCACAUGGAACCAUGGUUACAGUCAGUUAAAGACCAUGAGCGGGAACGAGCCACAGCCAGCAUGGCUCAAGUUCUGAAGUGCUUAUACAGACAUCUCACCUUGAAGCUUCCACUGCAAUUCCAAAGACUUGGACAACUAGUGGCUCGGAUGGCUCUACUGUGUGGGGACCUACUGAAAGAGGUGGCCGAGGAGGCUGCAGAGGGCAUGCAUUACCUGCUACAUAUCACCUUGCGGCUGAAGUAUAUCACUGAGGACAAGAAAAAUCACCGAAGCUUGAGAGGAGCAAUGAAAAAAUGUCAAGAGCUCUUAGAAUGCCUCAGUAUUAAACAGUUCUACAGUUGUCCCUUCAAAGUUGGCCAGAUCUUCGAAGUUUUUCUCGAUUCAGAUGAGCUCUGCCAGUUUGCACUGACUAUAGUGGAUGGCCUAAAAAAUCUGAAAUAUCCCUGUACCCAGCAGUCAGCAGAAUUGCUAAUAUCAUUGGUGAAAAAUGCAGAGUCCCGAUUUGAAAAGGUGCCAGAAAUUAUAGGAGUUAUCUGUGCCCAGCUAUCCAUGAUCAGCCAGCCUAAAGUCCGCCAACAAGUCAUAACUACCGUGAGUUUGUUUAUCUCCAGGCCCAAGUACACAGAUAUAGUGAUCAGCCACCUUCUGUAUCAUCCAGUACCAUAUGACAGGGACCUGGCUGAGAUGUGGAGAACUCUGAAGGUGGAGCCACCCAGCACUACCUGGAUUCUGUUGAGGCUCCUGAGGAAGCUGCAGAAAUGCCAUGAUGUGCCCACCCAGGAGAAGAUGGCCUAUGUAGCUGUAUCUGCAACAGAGGCCCUUUAUGAGGUGUUUAUGGGAAACAAGCUCCCAGAAGCUACAUUCCAACUCUUUCCUCAGCUUCUCAUGACACUGCUCAUCCAGAUUCACCACAGCAUCGGCCUCACCAUGUCUGAUGUCACCAUCCCAGCUGGCCUGUAUGCUGAACAGGAAAUGCCUUCAAAGGUCACCCCUUUGUGCUUUGCCAUACAGGCUACAAAGACUCUCCUCCUCAGAACAUGGUGCUUGCAGGAAUUCCACAUCAUGGAAAAGAAUAAAGGAUGGACCCUCCUGGCAAGAAAAGAUUGCCAUCUUCAGGGAGUGUCUCUCCUAGCCAAUGCAUUGCUGGAAAGAAAUCACGUCCUUGCACAUAAGAUCUUGUACUUGUUAGUCCCUCUUCUUAACCGAGGGAAUGAUAAACAUAAACUCACAUCUGCAGGUUUUUUUGUGGAGCUUCUCCAGAGUCCAGUGGCUAGGAGACUGCCCAGCAUAUACUCUGUGGACCGCUUGAAAGACUGGCUAUAUCAUGGAGAUAAUGUCUUUAAAAUUCUUGCCCUCAGGGGACUGUGCUAUCUUAUCAGACACCGGGAGAUGAGUGAAGAUAUCAAGAGCCUGAUGCCCUGCAUCUUAGACCUGUUAUGUGAAACCGACGAGAAGAUUGUUUUGUUGGCCAUCCAGAUACUCCUGCAGGUUGUUAGGACAAUGGAUUUCUCUACCCUGACGGCCAUGAUGAGGGCGCUGUUCUCCUUUUUUGGCGAUGUGAGACCUGAUGUUCAUUGUUUCUCCAUGACCCUCUUUGGAGCCUCCAUAAAGUCUGUGAAAAAUACAGAUAAGAAAGGUGUAGAGAACCAAGUCCUGGACAGCUUGGUCCCACUACUUCUGUACUCUCAGGAUGAAAAUGAUGCAGUAGCUGAGGAGAGCAGGCGAGUCCUAACUAUAUGUGCCCAGUUUCUGAAGUGGAAGCUGCCCCAAGAAGUGUACUGCAAAGAUCCCUGGUACAUCAACCCUAGUGAAGUUGAAACAAUCUGCAAAUUCUUGGGAAAAAAAUGCAAGGGGAAAGUUAACAUCCUAGCCCAAACAUUGAUGUUCUCCAAGAGUCCAAAACUUCCUAUCAGAAGAGCAACAGUCUUGUUUGUAGGUCUCUUUUCAAAAUACCUGGAUCGCAGUGAACUUCGGAUGAAGGGUACUAAGUGGAUAGAGGAUGAUCUGAGACAUCUGCUGCAUGACCCUGAGCCAUCUCUGCACAUCAUCGCCUCCCAGGCCUUGUUCCAAAUCCAGAAGGUGGCGGCUGAACCAGGUCCUGAGCAAACAGUUGGCAGGUUGAGGAAGCUCAUGGGUUGUCUUUCUACCUAGAAAUGCAAGGCAAGCAA